GUCUACCUAAUCAAGGUGCUGUUAAAAGCUCUAUUAUUAUGGAGAGUAUUCGAUACGUGAAAAUUUUACAUAUCAAACACAGACCCUGAACGGCGUUUCGACGGAUUUUAAAUACCAAAGAAAAAUGAAUGUAAGAGGAUUUGAGCAAUGUAGACUUUAUCGAGAUGAGAACUUUAUGAAAGAAAAUAACUGUGUAGUUUAACAGGUUCUGUGGAAGUGAAAGGGCUGUCGGGCAGUCGUUUAUACGGUGGACUAAGGAUGUUCAUUGAAAGUGUGUAUUGAGUAUGUUGCAUGGUGAUAUGGAUUUCUGAAACUUUAUUAAUGUCUGCUACGUCUAAGGGAUUUUAAGAAGAUUUAUAUAUUCAUUUCUUUAAUAUGACAUAUUCAUGUCAAAUAUAGUCGAAAAAGGCGAACUGUCGUCAGGGAAGAAAUAGAAGGAUAUAGAGACACGACAACGUUUUCCAAAAUGGUUCUCAGAGAGGAAACGGUUAUUGAAGUGAAAUCAUUGGUGAAUCAGAUGGAGAAAGUAGGGGAUGUGAACCAGGUCAGGGAAGUGCUCGGAUCGGAGACGAUAAAGAAUAGAUCACCGGAAAUGACUCGUACAAGAAGUCGGACCUCUAGCCAAUCAUCCAGAUCUUCUGGAGUGGACAGGGUAAACGCAUGCAUGGCCAAUAAUCUCUUUCAUUCGGCAGUCAAGGGAAGAUUCAGAAAAGUAAAGCUGAUUCUUGAUGGAGGAUACAAAAUUAACAGCAGAAAUAAUUACGGCUACAGUGUUCUUGUUGGUGCCCUUCACAUAGAUUGUGACGAAAAACGUAGAAAAAUGUUUCGCUAUCUGACAUCAAAAGGAGCAGAUCCAAAGCAUAAAGACUGCAAGCACAAAAGGUCUUUGCUCUCAUGGGCUGCUAUUCUAGGUCGUGCAGAACAGGUCGACCUGUUGCUAGAGAUACUGAACGGUGACCAUGACCUCACCGAUAAGGAUACAGAGGGAAUGACGGUCCUCCACCACGCCACUCAAGGUGGUCACGUUACAAUAGUUAGAAGAUUAGUGGAAGAGUUUCGUCGUUUUCGGUUGUCUGUUGACGUUUCUGACAACUUAGGACUUACACCAUACCUUCAUGCCAAAAGACUAGGAUACAAAGAGAUCACUGACAUUCUUCAAAAGGAGGGCAGGGCCUGCCCAGGUCAGUCCGACAGUUACACCUUCAGAAGUGCUGAGGAGUGGUCCGAAAUAGGCCAAUCAAUGAAGGAAAAACAGUAUAACCUUAGACGGAAAUCUAACUACGAACGAGCUGCCAUUCUAGGCAGCAGCAGAUUGUUAAGGCUACAUCACAAUUACUACGAAACACCUAUUAUACAUGUAUCCGCCCCCGUGGCGGAAGCGGUCACAGAAGACGAUAACAAGACAACGUAUUUUGUUGUGAAAAAGGACCCACCAUUGCGCUUACAACCACAGCAAAUACGAGGACACCAUACCGCACCUCCAUUUUCUAAAUCUGAACCUACAAAAGCUUUUAGGUCACACCCUCAGAGUCUACAGGAAACGCCACAGGAGACCCCCAGGAUUCAUCCUAAUCAAACUUUAUCAUUGCUUUCUUUAACCCCAGGGGCAAGGAUAAAAGAGCCAGAGAAAUUCCACAAAAGUCAACCCGAUUUAUCGAAGGUCGAAACAAAACCACCCAAACCUGGUCAUAAUGCCACCAUAGGAUCUUUUAUGAAAGUUCUAGCAGAGCAAAACACUUCAUCUUACCGACCCACUAUAGUAGAAAGUCCGCAUAAUGUAGAAAUGCCGCGUAUGCGCACCAAGAAAGACUCCACGUUCGCCAGUAUAUUUGGUAAGAAAAGAGGAAAUGAGAAGAACCAUGGAAGGAAGAAGAGAUGUUCCGCAAAAACAGGAAUCUCCACUGGAAGCAAGAAGGCAAUCAGGACUUAAUCACAUUCACCCAUUAAUGACAUUCUUUAAUGACACCAAUUUUCAUCUGCCUUGAAGAAAUUGUUUUAAGUCUCAAUAUUUCCGUAUUCCUUGAUACAAAUAGUCUGAGUUUGUUUAACAUGACUAGUAAUGAUAUAGGUACCUAAAUUUGGACAAGAAAAAAAUCAUUUGAUCAAAUGUAU